CUUUCAACAUGGCGGGUGCUUUCAGGCCAACUGUACGCAAACGACAUAUUGAUAAACAAGACAAACACCCGGACGGACACAUUAAAAGACCUGAUGGUAACCAUGGCAGUGAAAGCAAGUUCCACUAUGACUUGUGGCUACUUCUAGCUCUUGAGAACUGGAUCUUUGACUUCGGCCGACCAAUCGCCGCUAUAUUUGUACCAGUUGAAUGGUUUCCGAUGAACAAGCCCAGCGUCGGUGACUACUUCCACAUGGCCUACAACGUCAUCACACCAUUCUGUCUGUUGAAAUUACAGGAAAGAAGUCGGACACGGAUCUCUUCGACCUUCACCUACCUGACAAUGAUCACCUUCGUGAUGGGGGCCAGCAUCCACCUGGUGGGCGACUCUAUCAACCACAGGCUCACGUUGCUAGGUUACCAGCUGCACCUCUCAGUCAGAGACAAUCCCAUGAUGCAGAAUCUGAAACCGCCAGGUCUGGUCAGCUCAUUUGAACUUCUUUACAGUUAUGACGAAGAAAUAGGUCAUCUCAUGUGGUACAUUCCUUUCUUCCUGAGUUUGUUUCUAUACUUCAUGGGUUGUUUCACUGUGAAAAGACCACUCGCCAAUGAAAGAAAAAAAGUCGAUAUCAAAACCCCGGUUACUGAAAAUAUUUCGUGCAGUGCAUUACUGUGGCAAUCAUCCCAAGACGGAAUGGGAAUGUCUUGGGAGUGGAAAUCCUCUUAUAUAAAGAAAGAAUGCUUCAUCGCCUUGAGUGACAGUCUUCUUAAAGGCGAAGUAGGAAGAAUGUAUCGUAUUGAGGAGUGGCAGUCCUUCUACAGUAACUCUGAGUAA